UGGGCCUAAGUGAUUCCUCAUGCCAGCAGGCCCUGCAUAAAAAAAAGAUCACGGACUAGUGAUCAGAUUUACCACGUGCUUGGAACUUAUAAUCCUCAGAUCGGAAGUACACAAACACCAUCGCUGCAAACUGUCCGUGCGAUUCUCCGGCGAAUCUCCGAUUGCAGGGACACCGAAAUGGCUGGUCCACAAGAGAGGUGGUGUGUUGUGACGGGUGGAAGAGGCUUUGCUGCUCGACAUCUAGUUGAUAUGCUCAUCAGGUAUGAAAUAUAUUCAGUUAGGAUUGCUGAUUUGGGUCCUGAUAUCAAGCUGGAACCCUACGAGGAGAGGGGAAACCUUGGUCAAGCUUUACGCUUAGGUCGUGCUCAAUACGUAUCUAUGGAUCUCUGUGACAAAUCUCAAGUAUUAAAAGCUUGUGAAGGGGCUGAAGUUGUUUUCCAUAUGGCUGCACCGGAUUCAUCUAUAAAUAACUACAAGCUCCAUUAUUCAGUCAAUGUGCAAGGCACGAAGAAUGUAAUCGAGGCUUGUACUAAACUGAACGUGAAGAGGCUAAUCUAUACGAGUUCCCCAAGUGUGGUUUUCGAUGGUAUUCAUGGAAUAUUCAAUGGAGAUGAAUCAUUGUCUUAUCCUUCUAAGCACAAUGAUUCAUAUUCUGAAACCAAAGCUGAGGGUGAGGCACUAGUUAUUAAGGCUAAUGGGGUGAACGGGCUUUUAACAUGCUGCAUUCGUCCUAGCAGCAUUUUUGGUCCCGGUGAUAAGUUGCUUGUUCCCUCUUUAGUUGCUGCAGCAAGGGCUGGGAAAUCAAAGUUUAUUAUUGGGGAUGGCACAAACAUGUAUGAUUUCACCUAUGUUGAGAAUGUUGCACAUGCUCAUGUGUGUGCUGAAAGAGCUCUAGCCUCAGAUGGCUCUGCUUCAAAGAAAGCUGCAGGCGAGGCUUACUUUAUAACGAAUAUGGAGCCUAUCAAGUUUUGGGAGUUCAUGUCACUUAUUCUUGUUGGCCUUGGCUACGAAAGGCCAAGAAUCAAGAUUCCUGCGUUUGUGAUGAUGCCUAUUGCACAUAUGGUGGAGCGCAUUUACAAAAUCUUUGCUCCAUAUGGCAUGAAGGUCCCACAGUUGACCCCUUCAAGAAUCCGACUUUUGACUUGCAACAGAACAUUCAAUUCUGCAAAAGCAAAUGAUCGUAUUGGCUAUUCACCAAUUGUCACCCUUCAGGAGGGUCUGAAAAGGACUAUCGAGUCAUACUCGGAUCUUAGGGCUGAGCUUUUGCCUAGAAAGGAAGGCCCUUCUAAAGCUGCCAUAUAUCUUGGAAACGGAAUAGCUGGGGACAUUUUUCUUUGGAGAAAUACUCGGUUGACAUGGACUGCGAUUCUUGGGUUGAUCUUAUUUUACAUUAAUUAUGUGUUACCUGGAAGUACCAUGAUAAGUGCUGUUUCGAAGGUCCUCAUGUGGGCUUCAAUCGUUCUCUUUCUUCAUGCGAAAUUGCCCGAUCAUCUAAUGGGAUAUUCAAUUGAGAAAAUCCCAGAAUCAAAGUUUAGGUCUUCAGAAGAAGCGACCCGUAGAACUGCUUUAUUAGUGGCAUCCUCAUGGAAUUGUGCCGUUGACCAUUUGAAAUCUAUUUCCAGCGGGAACGACUGGAUUCUAUUCUUCAAGAUGGCUCUAUGUCUCUUCACUUUAAGCUGGAUCGGGUCAAUGUCAUUGCAAAACUUUUUCGUCAAAGUACUUCCCUUUGCCUUUGUCGUGUUCUACAUUUACGAUCGAUAUGAAGAUGAAGUUGACAGGGUUCUUGAAAAAGUUUUCCCAGUCAAACGUUUGUCAAAUCCCGAGGUCUUAAGAUUAUUGAAUCCUUUCAAGCCGCUUGACAAACACGAUUGAUUAGUCAACCACGCUGUAUGAGCCAUUUUGUUUGCCGGUUUGUUACUGUUAUUGCUAUUGUUGUUAGCUGUGUUUGUCUCAUGAUUUGUGUUGGAAACAAGCAGAAACAGUGACUAGCUUCUUUACUGAACCAUACUUGAGUGAGUUUUCUGCUUUAGUAAUGCAUUUUCUUUUUGUAAUAGAUUUAGUGAGAUAUGUUUGUUUAAUUUGAUUGAUUUUCUUCUUAAUAUUCAACUCAAAUACGAUGUUAUUAAAUUA